GUCGACAUGGACGAGCUGAGCUUCACGUAAACGAGAGGUAGAUGUUGCGGAAGAAGGUCCCGGCUCCGGACGAGACGCGAUGACAUGUGCGCCGAUUUCCCUCCGGAUCGAAGUUACGGGGCUACAGCGCGGGGCAGCAUGUCCACAUCAACGGCCAGAGUCUGCCUGCACGUUUUCUUUCUUACGUGCGUCGCCUCCGCCGUGUCAGGGGUCCAGAAGCUGACAAUCACCCCUGACAGAGGCACCACCUUCAACAUCAGCACUGCUCAGGUCAAAGGCUGUAAAGUGUGCACAGGGGCAGGGCGCACACGGCGUUGUGGUACAUCUCAACUGUUAAAAGACAAUGCUCCUUUAUCAGUGGAGUUUGAAUGCACCAGACCUCAAGAUGUAUUCAGGGUGGAAAUUAGCCGCCAUAUAGUAUGUACCACAAAGUCAUGCAAUGGGCACAUCAUCCAGGCCCACUCCGGCUCACUUCCUCUGCUGGAAUUUAACCGCACGUUCACCUGGAACCUGAAGGCCUCAGCACCAAAAGCGCUCAAACUAGACUUCACCAAGACGGGACUCAGACAGAUUAAUCCAUCUGAGAGAUGUCCAGACAGACACAGCUAUACCCUCCAGGCCUUCCAGACCACAGGGAAUGUGGCCAUAGGGAAAUACUGCAGAACGGGCACUAUCAGUGGUGCUCAGAUACUAAAUCUGGGCAGCUUUUCUGUGGAGGUCCCAGCAGGGCAGAAGCUGCAAAAUGGCCAGUUUGAUGUGUCUGUUGGGGAGGAAGUCAAGUCCCUCGCCAAAAUUACACUCACAUUACCAAAAGGGACCUCGUCCUCAGACCUGCUCUCUCCAAACUACCCAGACAGUUUUCCUGACGACGAUGUGAUGGAGUGGUACUUUCAGGUCCCGGACAAACACAAGACGGCCAUUCAGUUCUUAAACCUCACAGAGCCGAGUUGUCUAAAGAAGGAGACAGCAGUGGAGUACCACGGCAAAGGGAGAGGGGCAUUGGUGCUGAGUCUGACGGAUCCCCAGCCGGACCAGAAUUUGGGGAACUUCUCCCUGACUUUGAGGAACUGCAAGAUGGACAGAGGAAGAACUGGUUCUCGUGGACUCUCCUUGAACGUCCGGGUGUCUACUUCGAGUAAAAGUUCACCAGUGUUGUGUAAAGUGGACCUACGCAAGGUGGAGGGCCUCUCUCUUUACAUUGAGAAGUUGACACCGGCCUCAGACUGCGAGAUGAAAAUAAACUCUGUGACGAAGGAGAAGAUCGCAGUCUCAUCCAACAGUGACCUGUCUUUCCAGGACUGCCUUCCUGAGGACGUACGAGUCACCGCCAUGAGAGUCAUAGAGUGUAGUCAGCUCAAAGACUGCCCGAAGACUCCAGUCCGUCUCCUGGUCCCCAUGCUGCCGAGCUGCCUCCCCGCCCCUCUGAGCAGUGCGACCUGGGUUCUCCGUCCUCCCCAGCGCGGCACCGUGGAGCUGACCUCUCCAACUGGGCCCCUCAAGCAGUCCCUACCUGGACAGCCAUGCAAUGACAGCAUUAUUAUCCAAGUGGCCGAAGGCGACGGCACUGCUAUUGGAGACUUCUGCCCUCAGGGAGCCAUACAGAAGGUCCAGAUCCACACCAACAUGUCUGUCACUGUGUCCAGCGUGGGGGGUAAAGCUCUGAGGACGUCUUACAAGAACGUGCUGGAUGCCUGUUUUAAAGAGGAGAUAUCAGAAAGAUACAUAUUCACUGUAUCUACAAAGAAAGACAACCCUGUCCUUUUGGCUACUCCUGGUUGGCCAGUCGGAAUGAGGUCUUACUCCACCGUCUCCUGGAUUGUCUCCAUCCCCCCGAAGAUGGAGGCGCACCUGAUGUUUGCCAACCUUAGCCAGCCCAAGUGCCGCAACCGCCACACCAACAUCAGGGUGCAGAGAGUCGGCUGUCCGGAGGAGGACUACAGCCGCAGGGAGGAUGAGGUGGCUGAGAACGAGAUCGUCGUUUCGGACAGAUUCUACCUCAACAUGUCCAACUGUCAGCCCGAAAGAGGAAACUUCAGCGUCAUCACCAAGAUCACCCUGCUGGAGAGCAAGAACCUUCUGCUGACUAUCGUCCUGUGUGUGGUGGCUGCUCUGUUGGUCAUUUUUGUCAUUGUGCUCGUAGUGGUCUGUGUGGUGAUUAGGAAGAAAAAGAAGAAGCUGAAUCAUCAGGUGUCCAUCUACAAUCCGAAUGGCACCAACUUCCUGCCGGGACACAGCAGCUUCCCUAAAACACGUGAAGACAACGAGUCCCAUGUGUACACCUCCAUUGAGGACACUCUGGUCUACACACACCUGCUGAGAAAGGGUAUGGAGAUCGGCGUCUACGGAGAGUCUGACACGUACCAGCCCUUCACAGGACACCCAGACUCACAAAAGCCGCUGGUCUCUAAAGACUCUGGUGUCGAGGACUUGGAGGUCGGGGUUUAUCACCCGUUUCGGUACUCAUCUCAACAGGCUCCUCCGCUUCCCAAAAGGCCUCCGAGCCUACCCCUGGUGGACAAUGAGAUUUACCAGACUUCGGACCAAAGCGAGGAGGAGCAUUGUUCGAAUCUGGGGCCGAGGCUGGAGCCAGAGGGAGGGAACUGAGGAGAAGAUUGGAUUCAGCUUUCUUCUUUUUACUUGACCUACUUGAACUUUGAGAGAUUCAUUCCCUGGCGUCUGUGUGAUUACCUGCCGUUCAGCCUUGAAAGAAGCCUCUUUUUUUUCUUCUCUUGAGCGUAGUUUUGCACCAAAGCUAGACACAAAAUAACCCUCUUCAAACUCGCCUGCAACUGUUAAACCCUGUUGAAGACACAUUUGUUUUGAAAGUGGUACUUAAUUAUCCCCUAUAUACGAGUUUUUGCCACUAUAAAGCGAUUUAAUGUUUUUAGGCAAUGAAUGUUUCUCAUUUUUGGAUGUCUUAUUUAUGUACAUAUUAUAAAUAUUAUGGAUGUUUUGUACAGGAGCAAUCCUGUGUGCUGUUUACAUGCUGACUUUUUCAUUUUUAUCAUCAAACCACUGAAUAGAGAGGACUCCCCUGCUGUUGCAAUACAUUGCACUUCAUAGCAUCAUCAGAACACGAUGGCCCGAUGAUGACCUGCGUUGCAGGAGAUUGCAGCAGCAGUGGAUGUGCAGGGAGUCCUCUCUGUGUAUUCUUUAUGCCUGCUUUUUCACCUGCUAUGGAGACGUCUAGAUAUCAUUACACCAUUAAUGUGCCUUACACAGAGGACGGUACACUCCUGCUAAUGCAGUUUAGGAAUUUAGAGUUGUUUGCAGCCAGGAGUAAAUAAAAAUUUCGGUGUGUUUUUGGUCUUUUUCGGCCCCAUCAUUUUGGAAAUCUCAACAAUGAUUUGCUGCUAAGCAAGUGAUCUUUUUCUCAGCGCCUACAGGGACUUUUUUGUUUUCUACUUGUGCAUCAUGAUAAAUGAGAAUCACUAGCUAGCAUAUUUCAUUUUGCUAUUUGUGUCAAGGACCAUGGACCCCUUCUGCUGGACUGCAAUGCAAAUUGAAUAAAAAUCCUGGUACACGCUUAAGUGCAGUCAUCUCACACAGAAACCUCAGUAUGUCCGU